CCAAAUCUAUGAAUAAGACCACGGAGGUUAGAGAUAAGGAGAACGAUCGCUGUAGAAAGUAGUGUCCCAGAAAUAUGGACAUAAUAAGUGAGACGCUGCGAUCACUGAGCAUUCUCAAUAAAAGCGGGCUAAUUUGAAAUGACCAAUGCCGCAAAGAAAAUUUGUACAAUAUUCAACUAACUUCAUCUACUUGUACUCAUUAACAGCUAAUUUCACAGAUACUACUUACCGACGGCAGCGCGGCUGGUGGCUGAAAAAUGAACUAUAAAUUCUAAAAAAUUUCAGGCUCAGGCGGGCUAAUGCUUUAGUACGUAGCAAUCGUUCUCCUUCUGUCUAACCUCCACGAAUAAGACAAUAAAAUCCGUACCAUGGUCGCACUUUAUGUAACUGGCAUUCAAUACAUACUGACAGAAUAAAACUCAUAAAAUAACGUCAAAGAAUAAUUAUUGACAUAGUUGUGAAGAUAUUACGCAUCCUCUAUGGGUUUAAUACAAUCUGUAUUUUGUUCGAUUACCUUCUGUGUCGAAAGAGUUCUAACAUGGACGUGCUGUGCGUUUGUUUUAAUGUUGCUAAUGUUCCUGGUUCUCACAUUAAUGGUGUACGGUAUAUCUGUGGGCUAUCACUACGCACAAAAAGAGCUGGCUUCUUUCGCAAUGUCUUCGAGAUCGACGACAGAGCCGACGAUAAUGUUGCGUGCUGGACCUGAGGCUCAACCAGUCGUGAGAUUGGUCGCAGUGAACAGAUCAGAAGUCGAACACGCUCCACACCCAUUAGUUGAGGUGUACCAGACGAAACGGCCCGGCGAAAACAUCUACAUGGAUACGACUGCAACACCAAUCGUUUUGCUGGAAACUGAAAGGCCGCCAAAGGAGCCAGAACUGCUGCCCCACGAGAGAGAACUGGCUAGAAGACUGAUCGGCCGCUUCCGCCGAUCGAAAAACGUCACUACGUUAACAACAAGCUUCUUACGACCCCUCAACAGCACAGAAGCCCCAGCACUCGUCCAUGUGUCUGCGUGAUCCUUAUAUUCGACUGACGUAAUACAAAUUACCCAGUACAGUGUAACGAAAUCAUGCAUACCUCUACACUGUUGUAGAAGAACUUGAAGUAUGAAAAUAAAAUAUUUUUCUUUAUAAA